AUGGUUCCUGGAGUUCAGGAUGUUGACUCAGCAAAGGGUGUCACAGUGAAACCAGGGAAGUCCAUGUUCCUCUCGCUGCUGCUUGUCUGGUGUUUUCUGUUUGUCCCCCAUGUUGGUGGCUUACGCAGCUUCACGCCUCAGCCUCUCCAGUCRGAGGUGACGUUGUCUGAACUCCCCAGCACCAAUCGUGGUUUUUUUCCCCCYMWMACACMYCWCACACACACAAAUCACAAAGACUUUGUGGCMUUUUGUCAGUCUGCUGAAGCUUUGCUGGUGUUUUCUUGUGUGCAGCUCCUGGCAAUGGAGUUCCCAUUCGCCGACCAACCGCUCGGCCAGUUCCUCUGCAAGUUGUUGCCCUUCAUCCAGAAGACUUCAGUCGGCAUCACCGUCCUGAACCUGAUUGCUCUCAGUGUGGACAGGUAUCGUGCGGUGGUGUCCUGGUCUCGGAUUCAGAGCAACGGCAUUCCCAUGGAAACGGUGGUGCAGAUUGUCGUGAUCUGGAUGCUGUCUGCCUUACUGGCCGUGCCGGAGGCCAUCGGCUUCAACCUGCACCGCUUCAACAUCGCCAGCAACGUUACCAUUAGUACCUGCCUAGUGAGACCCGAGACCUCCUUCUUGAAAUUCUACGUCAAGUUCAAGGAUUGGUGGAUAUUUGGCUUCUACUUCUGCAUCCCUCUGACCUGCUCGGCGAUUUUCUACGGCCUCAUGACUCACGAGUUGCUCCGGCACGAGAAGGGAGAUCUAAAGCGCUCACUGGGUGAACAACUGAAACAGCGCCGCGAAGUGGCCAAGUCUGUGUUCUGCCUGGUGGUGAUCUUUGCCCUCUGCUGGCUUCCUCUUCACUUCAGUCGGCUGCUGAAGUUGAUGGUCUACGACCCGAACGACCCUGGCCGCUGCGAAUUACUGAACAUACUGCUGGUGCUCGACUACUUCAGCAUCAACUUGGCGACCAUCAACUCCUGCAUCAACCCCAUCAUCCUCUUCUUCGUCUCCAGGAAGUACAGGAACUAUUUCAUGAAGAUGCUGUUUUGCUGCUGUUACUCUCGGCCUUUCUCCAGCACCCUGCAGACUCUCCAACGUGGGACCAGUCAGCGGUUAAAAAACUCCGACCACUGAGGGACUCACCUCCACAGAAACGUUGUCACAUAUGACCCAUAAAGUUAUGAUGGAUCUUAUUUUAGCUCUUCCAGUUUUGGGAAAACAGUUAAGAUGUCAGGAAAAGUAGAUAUUUUAGACACUAUUUGAGCAGUUWUUUCCCAGAAAGGAGAUGGAAAAACUGUGUUUAGAUGAUCACCUUUAACCUCAUCCACCUUGUUUGAGAACCUAAAAGUGCAAUUCACAAUAAUAAUUAAAUCAAAUAGAGGAUAUUACUGGUUCUGCUGAAGAAGGACAUGCUGUGGAUAAAACUAAUGUUCAACAGCGCCAUCGAGUUAAACCAGGAAUACUAAAAACUACAUCUGAUAYGUGUAUUUCAAAGAUAAGCAAAUAUUUUACUAUAAAAUGAUAAAAGAUACCCUAAAAACUGUACCAUAAAAUAAAAAAGCAGCAUAAAAAGGCUAAAAUAUCCUGCAGUCUUACAGUAAAACUUCACUGGAGCCACUAAUCCAGCGCUUGAACCGGAUCUUCAUGUUUCCUUGUAACAUGACGGAUUAAAAAUGUUUCAUUUUA